AUGUCUAGGUCUCCAAGUGGUAAAGAUGCGCUGAUGGGGUUGACCAUCUUAGAGUACUUAAAGCCGCUUGUCGGUAUCGAGAAGGUUGAGGCGUAUUUGAAAUUGGCCUCAGAAUCCCAAGACCCGAAUAAUCAUGAAUGGAUGACAACUAUAGCGCCUUAUUUAUCUAUUAUUUCGUACUCAUCCUCUCCGCCGCAUCCCAGCAUCACUUUCCGAUUUACUGUGCAGCCUAUUCAUAGCAACGGUCUCGGUAAUCUACACGGUGGAUGCGCGUCAACCAUUUUCGACGCAUGUACUACGCUACCUCUUCACCUUAUUUCGAAGCCCGGUUUUUGGCAGUAUACGGGUGUCAGCCGCACGCUCAACGUUACGUACCUACGUCCAGUUCCAGUUGGUACUACCGUCGAUAUUAAGUGUGAUAUUUUACACGCCGGUCGCAAGUUAUGUGCUCUGAGAGGAGAGAUGAAAGCUGUAAUAGACGAUAGCAGAGAAGGGCCUCUAUUAGUUGUCUGUGAACACGGAAAAGCUAGCACAGAUCCACCUGUCGGGAAGCUAUAG